AUGGCUUCCCCGCCCACACGACCUACGAGCUUCAAGGUCACAUCCCUGAUGCUUCAGGCAGCCAGGGAUCUAGUAUUCAUAUGUGGCCUACAACCGAAUGGUCUUGAGCCUGCACAGCUUGACUUGAUUUUUCUCGAUGACCAUAAAAGCAAAAACUUCUUCUUUAGCUACUAUGCCCUCAGGAGACAACUUGGUCCCGUUAACUUCUGGGCACUCAUUGCAGAGCUUAAUGACGAACGCACUGGCAUGUCGUAUCUCUCAAGCUAUUAUAGCAUCACAACUAACCAUAGCCCAGGCAACAAACGCGCACAGUUAGCAUUGUCAGCCGCUGGGAGCCCGCCUGCUGUUCCCCAUGCAAGUGCAUAUCCUUCCGACCACACAGCCGACCGUCGCAUACUGCAAACACAUGGCGACACUAUCACCACUCCAAACUCAGACUAUUUAGAUCAAGCGUCUCCAAACCGAAAGCUUUCUCAAAGCGUCGUUCCAGGGAGACAGAGAAGCCGAUCAACCCUCGGGAAGCGAAUUCAAUGCGGAAAACCUUUCAGUUACGAAGCUAGUUGGAAGAAGCACUGGGCUGAGUUCCACGAGGAGCAUUUCAAGCUAGAUACACCAGAUGGAAAGAAGGAAUACGGCUGCGUGCAUGGCUGUCUCCGCAGCUUCGAGCGCUCUGCCUUAAUGAUGCACCUAUGGGAGGAGCAUGCGAAGGAACUUGACGCGGGAAUUUUGUCUUCAAAUAUGGUGGGCCGUUUUGAAACUGCCAACAGCCAUCAGAUUUCUUCCAAUACAAACACCUUUCCAGGAGCUUCCAGUCAACCCCCAUCUUCCUUCCAGUCAAGUUAUGGCAACCAGUCCCAGCCGGGACCUCACUACGUCAAGUGCGACACAUCCAACGAUGACUCGAAUGUUAAAUGUGACAGUCACCUCAACGUCCUUAGAAAGGAGAUUUUACUCGAUAACAAUAAUUCUCACGGAUACUUGCAUAACACCUCAUUAGUUCAGGCAACUCCCUUGCAUGAAGCGUCGAAUGGUACCACACAGGCCUGGAGCGGAGCAACACCCGCGCCCCCCGGUUUCAACGCUAACUACGGCACCAACAUCAAUCUUUCUGAAGGGUCCUACACGGAUUAUAAUAACGUUCCUGAGUUCGGCAUGGAUGGUAGCACCUUCGGUGCUGUACAUGCACACGCUGAGUGGAACAUAGGGCCAAACCCUUAG